CUCCGAGAUAGAUCUGCCUGCGAACGUGGGCGUGGGCGUGAGAGUGAGCGCGAAUGUGCGCAUGCGCAGAGUCGCCGCCCGACCCGUGCGCGCCGUCGCCGUGCCGCGCCAACGGCCAGUGCCGCGUGGUCAACGGCGCCGCCGUCUGCACCUACCCCGAGUGCGUCAUCAACGCCGACUGCCCCAGAGACAAGGCGUGCUUCGCGCAGCGCUGCCGCGACCCGUGCCCCGGCGCGUGCGGCCUCAACGCGCUGUGCAGCGCCGUCAACCACGACCCCGUCUGCUCCUGCCCGCCCGGCUACUUCGGCUCGCCGCGUGUCGAGUGCAAGCUGCAGCCCACGCAGCAGGAACCGCCGCGGCCCGAGUGCGUGGAGAACGCGGACUGCACCAACGACAAGGCGUGCCUCGAGGGCCGCUGCCGCGACCCGUGCGCCGCGCAGCCCAACACGUGCGGCCGCAACGCCGAGUGCCGCACGCAGCUGCACCGCCCGCUGUGUUCCUGCCUCGAGGGCUUCACCGGCAACGCGCACACGCACUGCUUCGAGAUCGGGUGCCGGUCGGACUCCGAGUGCCCGCCGGAGCAGGCGUGCGUCAACCGCGCGUGCGCCGAUCCGUGCGCGUCCACGCGCUGCGGCCUCAACGCCGAGUGCCGCGCCGACACCUUCCACCGCGCGCGCUGCUACUGCCUGCCCGGUCACCGCGGCGACCCGUGGACCCGCUGCGACCGGCCGCAGUGCACCGACGACGCGCACUGCCCCGACAACCUGGCGUGCGUGGGCGAGCGCUGCGAGAACCCCUGCGUGUGCGCGCCCAACGCGCUGUGCUCCGUGGCGGCGCACCGCCCCACCUGCCGCUGCCCGCCCGGCUACACCGGCAACCCCAACACGCUCUGCGUGCUCGCUCCGACGCCACCACCACCACAAUGUACAAUGGAUGCGGACUGUGCAAGCAAACUUGCUUGCUUCAGUGGCAAAUGCAAGAAUCCAUGCGUUGAAACUAAGCCGUGUACAGCCAAUGCAGAGUGCAUUGUUGUUGACACACUGCCUCUCCGAACGAUGUCCUGCCAAUGUCUACCAGGUUUUGUAGGAGAUGCAGACGUGGAAUGUAAACCAGCACCUACAGAACUUCCAGGAUGUAAGAAUGACAACGAAUGUCCUGACAACAGCAUAUGCCUGAACAGACAGUGCGUGAACCCAUGCCUUAUAUCCAAUCCUUGUGCAAGUAAUGCGGAAUGUCGAGCUACCAACCACAGAGCCACAUGUACUUGCCCCGCUGGCUUCAUGGGCAAUGCAUUUAUCAAUUGUUACAAACCGCAACAAGACCAACCUGAAUGCACCAGCAACUCCGACUGUGCCUCCGACAAAGCCUGCAUCAACCAGCGCUGCCUGGACCCAUGCGUGGUUAACUCCCCAUGUGGAACAGGAGCGAAAUGUAGAACGAUCAACCACUUCCCAACCUGCUAUUGUCCAGACGGAUGGGGAGGCAAUCCUCAAGUUCAAUGCUACAAACCGGAGUGCUCGGUGGACGCGGACUGCGUGUACGACAAGGCGUGCAUCGGCGGCAACUGCCUGGACCCGUGCGCGCACGGCUCGGGCGGCGGCUGCGGGCGCGGCGCCGAGUGCGUGGCGCAGGCCCACCGUGCCCACUGCGUGUGCCCGGCGGGCACGCAGGGCGACGCGCUGCUCGCGUGCGUGUCCGUCGCGUGCCAGUACAACGAGGACUGCGCCGACCACGAGGCGUGCGACCGCCUCAACCGCGUGUGCCGGCCCGUGUGCGAGGACGACACGUGCGCCGACACGGCCGUGUGCAUCGCCAAGGACCACCAGCCCACGUGCGUGUGCCCGCCCGGCACGUCGGGCAACCCGUACUUCGAGUGCGGCAAGGAGCGAACGCCCACGCCGCCGCCGGAGUGCACGCGCGACGCCGACUGCCCGCCACAGCUGGCCUGCGUGAGCGGCGCCUGUAGGAACCCCUGCACGUCCGCCACCUGCAGCCCCGACCAGGAGUGCCGCGUGCUGGACACGCUGCCGCUGCGCACCGUCAUGUGUGUCUGCCCACCCGACACCGUCACCGACGCCUCCGGACGCUGCCGCGCCAUC